AUGGACUCCACCGCGUCGGCGCUGGACCUACUGGCGGCGCUGCUCACGGGCCGCGCCCCGCCGUCCUCCGACACCGAGGGGGACGACGGCCACCGCCGCCUCCUCGCGCUGCUCGCCACCUCCCUGGCCGUGCUCGUCGGCUGCGGCGUCGCGCUCCUCGUCCGCCGCUCCUCCUCCCCCCAGCCGGUCCCGGCGCCGCCCCUCGCCGCGAAGAAGGCCCGCGAGGCGGACGAGCCCGACCCGGACGACGGCCGCCAGCGGGUCGCGCUCUUCUUCGGCACGCAGACCGGCACCGCCGAGGGCUUCGCCAAGGCGCUCGCGGAGGAGGCCAAGGCCAGGUACGACAGGGCCGUCUUCAAGGUGCUCGAUCUGGACGACUACGCGGCGGAGGACGAGGAGUACCAGGAGAAGCUCAACAAGGAGAGCAUCGCGCUCUUCUUCCUGGCCACGUAUGGGGACGGUGAGCCGACCGACAACGCCGCCAGGUUUUACAAGUGGUUCUCAGAGGGGAGUGAGAGGGGUGAAUGGCUGAGCAACCUCCGGUUCGCGGUGUUUGCCCUUGGAAAUAGGCAAUACGAGCAUUUCAACAAGGUUGGAAAGGAGGUUGAUCAGCUCCUCGCUGAACAAGGUGGCAAACGCCUAGUUCCUGUUGGUCUUGGAGAUGAUGAUCAAUGCAUUGAGGAUGACUUCAAUGCUUGGAAGGAACUGCUGUGGCCAGAAUUGGAUAAAUUGCUCCGUGCUGAAGAAAAUUCUUCAGCAGCAUCAACUCCUUACACGGCUGCUAUUCCGGCGUACAGAAUUGUGUUCACUAAACCAGAGGAUGCCGCACAUAUCAAUAAGUCUUUCAGUCUUAGCAAUGGUCAUGUCGUCUAUGAUAUUCAACAUCCUUGCCGGGCAAAUGUGGCUGUGCGCCGGGAGCUUCAUACACCAGCUUCUGACCGGUCCUGCAUUCAUUUGGAGUUUGAUAUUGCAGGAACUAGCCUCACAUAUGAGACUGGAGACCAUGUUGGUGUUUAUGCAGAAAAUUCAACUGAGACUGUAGAGGAGGCAGAAAAACUGUUAGGUUAUUCACCAGAUACCACCUUUUCAAUUUAUGCUGACCAAGAGGAUGGCACUCCACUUUUUGGGGGCUCUUUGCCACCUCCGUUCCCAUCUCCCUGUACAGUGAGGGUUGCACUUGCCAGAUAUGCUGAUCUGUUGAGUUCACCUAAGAAGAGUGUUCUAAUUUCUUUGGCUGCUCAUGCAUCUGAUCCCAAAGAGGCUGAGCGGCUAAGACAUCUAGCUUCUCCUGCUGGAAAGAAGGAAUAUUCUCAGUGGAUAAUCGCAAGUCAAAGAAGUCUCCUGGAAGUUAUUUCGGAGUUCCCAUCAGCGAAACCUCCACUUGGUGUCUUCUUUGCAGCUAUUGCUCCUCGCCUACAGCCGAGAUACUACUCAAUAUCUUCCUCACCAAGAAUGGCACCAACAAGAAUUCAUGUGACAUGUGCACUAGCUUGUGGGCAAACCCCUACCGGAAGGAUCCAUAAGGGAGUUUGUUCUACUUGGAUGAAGCAUUCAAGUCCCUCGGAAGAGAGCCAAGAAUGUAGUUGGGCUCCAAUUUUCGUGAGGCAAUCUAACUUCAAACUGCCUGCUGAUCCUACAGUCCCUAUUAUAAUGGUAGGCCCUGGGACUGGUCUUGCACCUUUCAGAGGCUUCUUACAGGAAAGAUUAGCUUUAAAGGAGACCGGAGUGGAACUAGGCCGUGCCAUUCUCUUCUUUGGGUGCAGAAACCGCCAGAUGGACUUCAUAUACGAGGAUGAGCUCAACAACUUUGCUGAAUCUGGAGUUCUCUCCGAGUUGAUUGUUGCCUUCUCUCGUGAGGGUCCUACAAAAGAGUAUGUUCAACACAAAAUGGCAGAGAAGGCUGCCCAUCUUUGGAGCAUAAUUUCUCAGGGUGGCUAUGUGUAUGUCUGUGGCGAUGCCAAAGGCAUGGCUAGAGAUGUGCACCGCACUCUGCACACAAUUGUUCAGGAACAGGGCUCUUUGGACAGCUCUAAGACGGAGAGCUAUGUGAAGACCCUGCAGAUGGAAGGGAGAUACUUGAGAGACGUAUGGUGACAAGUGCGAUCAUGAGAAAACGCUUAUACAACUGUGGAAUGUGCGCAAGCGUAGGAAUUUAGUGAAAAACAGGGGAAGUUUGUCUCCAGUCUCCUGCUUCAAUAUGUUUGGCAGGGGAUACACACAUGUGGUGAUAUAUGUUGGAUCUUGAGGUUCGCAUGCAUGGAACAUAUAGUAGUGUGAUCAUUGAUGUAUAGUAAUAUUGCAGCUAGGUAUUUAUUAUUUGUUGGGAGGAUCAUCAUUGAUUGAUUCUUGUGAUAUCUGAUAUUGUAGUACCGAAGAUAAAUAAAGAUGGCCAUUUGCAUAUCAGCUGAUUAAUUACUCUUUGCCA